AUGAGAUUUUUAUAUGUAUUCUCGGCAAUUCUAGGAAUAACUAAUGCAGCAUUAUUCGAAGAUUAUCAAAAGGUUAGUUUUUUAAUGUGAGUUAUCUUGUAUCAAUGAAAACAUUCAGACUCAGUUUAUCCGUGAUUGGGCUGCACAUUGUGCAGAUAGAUAUUUACCAUCGUAUGAAGCAAAAGAAAUAAGUCCGGAGAUUCGAAAAUGCGACACUGAGCGAUGUGUGUUCUAUAUGUAUAAAUAUAUAUCUGAUCAUUGUCCAGAAAGUUAUACAAAUUUUGAUAUUUGCUUCGAGACGAAUACAUCGCGGAAAAAAACUCGAAAUCCAAUUCUUCUUCGAUCACAAUCAACUCAAAAUUAUAAUUCGUAA